AUGUUGUCAAAGGCUUCCGUUGCUACUAAUGGAACUUCUACAACCCCUGCUUCUACUGCUGCUAGUAGCACCUCUGUCGCUUCAGGAACUACCAAAGGGAACUCCAGCACCAUUGUGUCUACUGUUUCCAACAGCACUUCUGCAACCUCUGCAACUAGUGUUUCAUUGACUACUGUUUCCAAUAGUACUUCUACAGCCUCUGCCACUAGUGUUUCAUUGACUGCUAUGUUGUCAAAGGCUUCCGUUGCUACUAAUGGAACUUCUACAACCCCUGCUUCUACUGCUGCUAGUAGCACCUCUGUCGCUUCAGGAACUACCAAAGGGAACUCCAGCACCAUUGUGUCUACUGUUUCCAACAGCACUUCUACAGCCUCCGCUACUAGUAUAUCAUUGAAUACUGUUUCGUCAAAGGCUUCUGUUGCUACUAAUGGAACUUCUACGACCCCUACUUCUACUGCUGCUAGUAUCACCUCCGUUGCUUCAGAAUCUAUCUAUACUAAUGCAACUUCCACUGCUCUUUCCUCUACUGGUAUGAGUAGUACGUCUGUGGCCUCCACUUCCAAUAUUUCAUUGAUUAGUGUAUCGUCACAAAAAUCAGCCUCUGCCGCGGGUAGUAGUUCAUCUAUCCCUGCAGAAUCUACCUCUUCUGGAAGUUCUUUGGUCUCGCAAAUUUCCAAUCAAGCUACCAGUAAUUCUGUAUCAUCUGGGUAUUUCAACACGACUUCUGCUGCAUCUUCCACUGAAUCGAGCACUGGAAUAAUCUCAAGUGACUUUAGUUCAGGGUCCAGCGAAACUAUUAGCGAAACUACUUCUCUGACCGAAGGUUCUUCUUCUGGAUCUGCCUCCAUUACCUUCACAGGUACUCUGACCAUUAGGUCAUCAGGAAGCCCAUUGUCCAGUUCAUCGGGAGCUUCUACAACCAAAACUGUUAACGUCGGACUUCCAACCUCUACUGGAUCAUCAGGCCCAAUAUACUUCAACUACUCCUCAGGCGAUGCUGCUGAAAUAACCUUUAGCAACGCUUCAGAAGUAACCCCAUUAUCUUAUUUUGAUGUUUCUCCUGCCGCUGAUGUGAGCUUGACUUCAGAUUCUGUUGCACUUAGUUACGAUGGUACACCUGUGAUCUUGAAAUCUAAGUUCCCAGUUGAAUACGGUACAUACAGUUUCCAAAUGCAAGCUGGUGCUGCUCCUCUUGAUAGCUCGAUUUUGAUUUCUGGAUCUGUUGAUUAUGGUUUUAUCGUCAGUGGUACCUCCGUUACUGCAAAGGUUGGAACAAACGAGUACACAUACACUGCCUUUGCUGACUUGUCUAUCGACUAUCACAAUUACAUGAUUGACUGGACAAAAAGUGGUGUGAGCUUUUACUUCGAUGGCGUCUUGAUUUACUCCUUUGAUUUUGCUACUGGCACAUCCAAUUCUUUGCAACGUCGUGACACUGAUGCAAAUGGGGAACUGUACAUUGUUAUUGAAUUAACUUCUGAUGAUCCGUCUGCCAGAGGAACUUUGAGGAUUAAUUCUAUCAUCUUUUCCGGUAGUCAAGAGGCAUUCUGCUUUACUAGUGAUGAAUCUGACUUGAUUGUUGUUAAUGGUGAAUCAUGUAUUGGUGGCUCUUCAGGAAAUGUCAGUGCCUCAUCCUCCACAGCUUCUGUGGUUACUAGUGCCGCAGUUUCAGGGAAUACAAAUUCCGUGACAUCUUUGUCUUCUGUGAUCACCAGCAAUGGUGCUACAUCCACUUUUGAAGCCUCGGCUACUUCUUCUCUGCCUGUUACCAACGCGGAAUCUAACUCAUCGUCCGGUGUCAGCUUGGGAUCUUCCUCUGUCGCUACUUCUAGCUCUUCUUCUGGCCCUGGAUCUGGCUUCUCUACUGGUUCUAGCUCUAGUUCCUAUUCUAUCUCUAAACCUAGUGGCUCUUCUUCCUCUUUUAGUUUUAGCUCUGGUGCCGUUGGUUCUUCUUCUUCUAGUGCUAACUAUGGCUCUGGUUCUGGUGUUUCUACCACAACUGCUGUUUCUUCAAACGGUGAAGCUUACUCUCCAACGGUUAUUACAAGUAGUGGCUCAACUUUCACCACUGGUUUUAGUGUUGUCGUUUACAUCACUGAUGGUACUCUUACAUCCUAUACAACGUAUUGUCCAUUAACAAGUGCUUCAGAAUCUGUGUCCGAAACUAAUGAGGGUUCCUUUACACAUGUAACUGAAACCAUCACUUCUUGUUCUGACAACGCUUGUUUUGAAGUAACUUCAACUGGUGUGGUUGUGGGUAGCAGUACUAUGUACUCUGGAAAUGGUAAUGAAGAAACUACUACUUCGCACUCCUCAGCUGUUGGUACUUCUGAAUCUUCUUCUGGUUCUGACUCCUUCUCUGGUUCUUAUGCUUCUUCUUCCUCUGGUUCUGCCUCCAGCCCUUCUACCAGCCCUGGUUCUGAAUCCUCCUCUGGGUCUGGUUCUGAAUCCUCCUCUGGGUCUGAUGCUUCUUCUUCCUCUGGUUCUGGCUCCAGCUCUUCUUCUGGUUUUAGCACUGGUUUUAGCACUGGUUCCUCUUCUACCUCUGGCACUAAUGGUUCUAUCUCUGGCUCCAGUUCUGACUCAUCUUCUACCUCAGGUACAAAUGGAUCUAAUGGAUCUAACGGAUCUAACGGAUCUAAUGGAUCUUCCUCCUCAUCAUCUGGCCCAGUUUCUAACUCUUCUUCUAGUUCUUCUAGUUCUCCUUCUGUGACCAUUGCUGCCAAUUCUGCCCCUGCCUCUGCCUCUGCAUCUGCUGCUGGUAACACUGUUUCCAGUAGCGUUCCAACUGGCACACAGAAUGAAAACACAGCAAUUGGCACUGCUUCCUCCACCUUUAUUACUAUUCAAUCUUCUGCCGCAGGCUCUGGAUCUGUUUCUGGCUCCUCUUCUAGUCCAUCUUCUAGUCCACCAUCCGGCUCUUCUUCUAACUCCCCAGCUACUAUUUCAACCUAUGCAGACGGUGCCUUCUCAUAUAAGCCAAGUCUCGGCUUGCAAUCCGGGUUUGUUUUUUUCAUUUUUGUUUUUUUCUUUUAA